UCCGCCAUAUUGGAAUCACAGGUGCAGGCUUGUGAAAUGUUUCGAAUCAAAAGUACGAAAGGGUCACUACUGCAAUCGUUUGUAAACUUAGCUAGACCAGCAUAUUCAAAGGGUCGUUUGUGUUCAGCAAACAAAUACUGUUAUUCAGAGUUUAGAAGAUAUGAAUCAACUACAACAGGGUCUCCUAGGUCAACCAAAGGCUCACCAGCUUGGAAAUUAGUAGCAGGAGUAGCAUUAGCCAGUGGUGGAGGUGUGGUCGGUGCAGCUUUAGCCUUUCAUUACAGCACAGAUGUCCGCACAUGGUGGAUGACAAAUUUUCCAUAUCUUGCACCAUAUUUGGGUAUCUUCGGUGAAUCCUUAACAGGGAGCAAAAAACCCCCUAUUCUUGGUAAGAAACCAAACAGUGCCUCAAGAGACCCAACAAAGCCUUCUUCUGUUGAUGAACCAUUGAAUCUUGGUCUUUCACCCCAAAAAGCUCCACAAAAGGAUGCUGAUCUGUCAUUAAGAAAGCCUGUUAAGCCUUUGGUGGAGGGCAAAGAAUCAGUGGCAUCUGUUUCAUCAGUUGAUCAAACAGGCAUUUCUGCUGUUGAUCUUGCUAUUGCCAGAACAGUUGAAAAGGAAGUAAAACAGAGUGCUAACUCAAUAGAACCCAAGAGUGAUGCCCCUCAGAACACAGUCGGUAAACCACCAAAGCCUGGCGUUAGAGGAAAAGCAGAGUCACCAACAGCGGCUGUGUCAGCUCUAGAUCAAGUGGGUGUGUCUUCUGUGGAUCUUGACAUCUCUUCUGCUGUGGAAAAGGAGGCUGAGCCUGCUGCUACAGCUAAGAUGCCAGAAAUUACAGAGAAGCUAGCUGAGAAAGGAAAAGAUGCUGAAUCUCAUGAAAUCAAAGGUGUGGACACAAGCCUUACUGAGAAGGAAGUUGAAGCCCUUGUAGAUCAGACUGCCAUGGAAGCUAUAGUUUAUGAUGCAGUGGAAAAGUUGAAGGUUACUGGUCAAGAAGCUGUAGAGGCUCAGGAGAAGGCUGCAAAAGCCAUACAGGAACAUGUUGAACAGCUCAAGAGUGCACUUGCUCAAUCCUUGGAGAGUGGAACUUUGAAGGAUCUUAGUGAUUUGGUACUAAAUUCUCAAAAGGCAGCCACUGACAGUGUUAUUGCUGCCAAAAUUGCUCAGGUAAAAGUAAAUGAAGAAGUAGAAAAAGUUCAUGCCAUUAUCAAGGAAGCUGAAGCUGCUGGGGCUAAAGGAGCAGGAACCACUGCAACAGAAGAGGCAGCGAGGGUAAGUUACAGUGUACAGAAAGCAGCGUUAGACAUGAAGCAGGCCAAGGUAGAGGCAGCAGUGCUGGAGGAACAUCAGAAAGACUUGGCCAAAAGCAAAGAUAUGUUCAGGAAGGAGCUACUGGAUAUAAUACCUGGUGCUCUGAAAGAAGAAGCUUUGGAAGGUGUUGAAGAGAAAGAUGUUAGGUCUGAGUCGGUUCUUUUGGCAUAUGCUCGAAAAAUACUUGAUCAGCUAACAUAGGAGCUAGUCAGCUACCAAACUGAGGAACAAAAAAGGCUGGAAAACUCCCUUAAAAUCCAACGUGAAGAGGAUGCCAAGGUAACCGAACUUAAACUGAAACAAGAAGCCGAGAGAAUGGCAUCCGAGUUUGAAACCAUAGCGAAGAAGAAGGAAGCAGAGCUUUCAGCAGCACAUGAGGUGAGCCUCCGACAGCAAUUACGUCGCCAGGCAGCAGCAUACAGUGAUCACUUGGCCGAGGUUCUCCGUGUUCAGGCAACGGAACUAGAAAACAGGUAUAAGGAGGACUUGCAACAAAAAAUGGCCGUAGAAAGAGAGGCUUUUAAGGUGCAGUUAGCUGGGGCUCUUGCUCAGUUACGAGGUGUGGUAUCAGUGAUAGAGGGAAGAGCAGAUGUUGAGAAACAAAAUAAGCAGGCGCAAAAUCUGUGGACAGCUUGUCAGUCGCUGACUACAGCUAUCGACAAAGGUGCUACUCAACCAAAACCGCUGCUGCCUCAGUUGACAGCCAUUCACGAUGCGGCGGCAGAGGAUCCACUGGUCUCACAAGUUCUUAACUCUUUACCAGAAGAGGUUGUGUUAAGAGGAGUGCUGAACGAAGAGAAUGUGACGCGUCGCUUUUACAAGAUCCGGAGAUGGUGUCGACGAGUAGCCAUGAUAGGAGAGAACGGAGCUUCACCAUGGACUCACGUGCUGUCGUACAUCCAAUCUUUCCUAAUUUUCGAUUCAUUUGAUCCCGUAAAGCAGGGAGAACUCGUAGAUUUAGACAAUUUAGAUACUUUUGAUCUCCUAGCGCGCGCAGAGUACUACCUUCGGCGUGGAAAUCUGGAGUUAGCGACGCGAUUGGUAAAUCAGCUUCGCGGGGAGCCAAAAAAUGUAGCGCGUGAUUGGUUGCUGGAAGCCAGGUUACUAUUGGAAACGAGACAGGCUGUUAACUUGUUGACUGCAUAUGCUGCUGUAUUGGGGACAGCGGGGGCUGAUUGAUUAGAACUUAGAAGUACAAUUAUUUUUGAAAGAUAGUGCUAGUAAGCUGUCGUUGAUAAGUGAUGAUUCCCUUCAAACUUCAUUUUCGACUCACGUCGUGUACUUUAUCUUCUACUGCUUUAUUUUUUAACAUGAUUGGUGGAACAUUAUGGAUAAAAGGGAAAAAAGAAA